AAAAAAAUUUAGAUAAGAACUACGAAACGCCUGCACAAAGGCAAUUGCAAAACUUAAUAAAUAAAAAAUGUACGUGCUUAAUUCUUUUAUUCUGUGACGAGCAACAAGGUGUGAACAUUUGUUUAACCGCGAUACGCGCGUAAUUAUUGUGCACAAAUGAAUUGAAAUUGCUUCCGAGAAGAAUAAAAGGCAACGAGUUCCAACUUUAUAUACAACAAAAUUUCAACAUUUGUUUGCGCAUUUAUCAAUUAAAAAUUGUGAAAUUUUAUAAAAUUUAUAUUAUAUACUGUUCAGUGCACAUUUAACUAAGAAUACUAUAAAAAUGGAUACAUUAACCGUGAUGAAAGUGUGUUGUAUCGGUGCUGGAUACGUUGGUGGCCCAACUUGUGCGGUAAUGGCGCUCAAGUGUCCCGAUAUACAGGUCACAGUAGUGGAUAGAAGUUCCGAACGAAUAGCGCAAUGGAAUUCAGAAAAAUUGCCAAUUUAUGAACCUGGCUUAGAUGAUGUCGUCAAGAAGUGUCGCAAUGUUAACCUAUUCUUCUCCACUGACAUCGAAACUGCCAUCAAAGAAGCCGAUCUCAUAUUCAUCUCUGUAAAUACGCCAACAAAAAACUUCGGCAAUGGCAAAGGUCGCGCUGCCGAUUUGAAGUAUGUUGAGAGUGCUGCGCGCAUGAUCGCCGAAAUCGCGCAAUCGAAUAAGAUCGUCGUGGAGAAGAGUACGGUGCCGGUGCGUGCUGCCGAGAGUAUAAUGCAUAUAUUGCAUGCCAAUCAAAGGCCUGGCAUACGUUAUGAUAUACUCUCGAAUCCCGAAUUUCUUGCCGAAGGCACAGCCAUUGAAGAUCUAGUACAUGCCGAUCGUGUGCUUAUUGGCGGCGAGGAAACGCCGGAGGGACACAAAGCGGUGGAAAAGUUAUCGUGGAUCUAUGAACAUUGGAUACCGAAGAAGAACAUACUCACAACGAACACUUGGAGUUCCGAAUUGUCGAAAUUGGCGGCAAAUGCAUUCCUAGCACAACGCAUAUCGAGCAUUAAUUCAUUGUCGGCUGUGUGCGAAGCAACCGGUGCCGAUGUGUCGGAAGUGGCACGUGCGGUCGGUUUGGACUCGCGUAUUGGCGCGAAGUUCUUGCAAGCAUCGGUGGGCUUUGGUGGUAGUUGCUUUCAGAAGGACAUCUUGAAUUUGGUAUAUAUAUGUGAAGGGCUCAAUUUGCCGGAGGUGGCGGCGUAUUGGCAACAAGUGAUUGACAUGAACGAAUAUCAGAAGUCGCGGUUUUCACAAAAGAUUAUCGAGAGCCUCUUCAAUACCGUCUCCGAUAAACGCAUUUCAAUCUUCGGUUUCGCUUUCAAGAAGAACACCGGCGACACACGUGAAACACCGGCCAUAACCGUGUGCAAAACAUUACUGGAAGAGGGCGCCAAACUGGACAUCUACGAUCCCAAAGUAGAGCCCGAGCAAAUAAUCGACGAUCUAACACACCCGUGUGUAACGGAAUCGCCGGAAAAUGUUAAAAAGGCCGUGCAAAUACAUAGUGAUCCCUAUAGCGCGGUGCGUGGCACACAUGCGAUUGUGCUCUGCACCGAGUGGGAUGAAUUUGUGACAUUAGAUUAUAAACGAAUUUACCAAUCAAUGAUGAAGCCAUCUUAUAUAUUUGACGGACGUAAAAUUCUGGAUCAUGAGAACUUGCAGCAGAUCGGUUUCCACGUGCAAACAAUUGGCAAACGUUAUCAGCGUAACGGUUUAAUGCCCUCCUGGGGAACUGUGCCGCAAUUGUAGAACGAAGCCAAAAACUUGCAAUAAAUGAAAACAAGUGAAUUGGCGGAUAAAAUUCAUAAUUGAAAUGCCACAUGGCUAAAAACAAAAACGAAGAGAAGAAUAUUUCUAAAUAAUUUAAAGUGAAGCCUAUAUACAGUAUUUAUUGUUUUGCUGUAACAUUUAUCUUUGUAAAUAUUUACUAAAUACGUGUGUACAUGUAUACGUCUAAAAAUGUAUUUUAUAUAACACGAAAAAACGUUGUAUUAAGCAUAUUAAGCAAGUUUAAAUGCGUCGACGUUUAACGACGACAAUGCAUACUUCAACCAUUCUAUACAUACCGCCGCAUGAAGCGAAGUUAAUUAUAUCAUUUCCUGCCAAUGGUACUUACAUAAACGAAUGCAAUGUUCUAUUGUAUUUUAUUUACACAAAGGUAUUUCGAAAAACAUAAAAUCAUGCAUUGAACACGAAUUUUUGCGCGUUUUAAUUCGUUUUGCCAAUAAAAAUCGUUGCAAUAUGUAUGAAAUUCCAAUUAUGUAUGUGCGCAGUAACUAAGUAUAUUUUACGAUAAACUUGAAAUAAAAGUGUAAUCAAUAAUUUAAA